CACUAUUGUUGAGUGCACACGUGCAGCAGCAGCACAUGGUUUAAUCUCUUUAUUUGUUCCUGUGCAGUAACCAGAUGUGUUGCAUGUGCCAGAGGUUAAGGGUGCAGCCAAAGCGGGUGGAAAGGUGUGUUAAAAGUUAAUGUGAGUGAGUCUCGUUCCAGUUGUGACAGAGACUGGCAGCCGUGCGUUCAGUGCCGUCCAGUGACUUAAGAGGCAGGUGAAACCAACCGGUGCUUCUCAGCCACGUCAAGGCAAGAAACUCUUCUCAAAGCAUUUUACUCCUGUUCUCCACUGCGGAAAGACUGCUUAAGAAGGAGGAGGGCCCUCUCAGCCUGGCACACUAGGAAAUGGCGCCGAAGACCGUGCUGAUCGUUUAUGCCCAUCACAGUCCAAGCUCGUUUAACGCUGCUGCGAAGGAUGUGGCUGUGCAGACACUCACUGCACAGGGAUGUAAAGUCAUUGUGUCUGACCUCUACGCCAUGAACUUCCAUGCUAUUGCAACAGCGGCGGAUAUCAAAGGCAAAUUGAAGAGCCCCGAACACUUUCUCUAUGCUGAAGAGACCUUUAUUGCCUACAAGGAGGAUCGACUGAGUGAUGACAUCAAAGAAGAGCACCGCAAGGUGGCGCAGGCUGAUCUCAUCAUCUUUCAGUUCCCACUCUACUGGUUCUCUUACCCUGCUAUAAUGAAAGGCUGGAUGGAGCGAGUGCUAACUCGAGGAUUUGCCUACACUCUGCAGAACACGUAUGACAAUGGCUUGUGCAAGGAUAAAAAGGCUGUCCUGUCGUUCACUACUGGAGCACCGGAAACCAAGUUCCAACCUGAUGGCAUCAACGGAGAUGUCAAUGUUCUGCUAUGGCCCUUACAGAACGGCGUUCUGCACUUCUGUGGUUUUCAGGUUCUCGCUCCUCAGAUCUUUUGGGGUCCUGCACGCGCUUCUCCCUCUGAGAGAAAAGCUAUGUUGGAGACAUGGCAGGCCAGGCUGAAAGGUGUGCUGGAAGAGCGACCACUGUCCUUCGCUUCUUCUGAGCUUUUUGACCUCAGCGUUCAGGCAGGGGCCCGACUGCGGCCUGAGGUGAAAGAGGCAUAUGCCUCUCAACCGUACGGCCUCACCACGGGGCAACACCUUGAUAAACCACUCCCUCCAAACAACCAGACCAAGGCUCCUCCAUAUGACAAACAUUAGACACACCCUCACAAAAGUAAGCCUAGCUUGGAGAUAUGAGGGAGUGCACAUGUUCUGAAAUGUGAAGGCUUUAAAUUUCAGUUUACCUGAACCCUUUGAACCCUCGGCUUAUCAUUCUCUCAUUAAUCUUAGGACUUAUUAUUCAGUAACUACUUUGGUUUAUAUAGUAACUACUAUAAAACUAAUAUGUAAGUUAUGCACAUAUGAGAGUGAGGAAUUGAGGUGUGGGCCUACAUAUGGGUCCUUUGGAGUUUCAGGGGGUUAAAUUACUCCACAUCUCACCCGUAUUACUAGUCUACUUUGAUUAAACUUGUUACCACAAAACAUUAAUUUCUAAAAAAAAAUGAUAUGUGCUCCAAAGUGGUGGUAUGCAGAUUUUUAUUUUUAGUACUUGUAAUACUUUAGUGCCUUUUUUUCUUUCUUUUUAUCUUAUUGAUCAUUUCUUACAAAUCUAACUCUCAGCUAACUGUAACUCUAAGCUAAUCCACAGACACAUGAUUCUGAAAAUAUUAAUAAAGCAAGUCAA